AUGGGCUCCAACGACCAGUCCCAGUCUCCGUGGACUCCUCAGACUGUGCUAGCCACCCUUCCUUACCCACCAGAAGAGAACUCCACCUCCCCCAUCCCCUUCUUCCACCUGAUCGAGCGGCUCAAGACCACGAAACGAGAGGGAUGGCGACGGUUCGGGAUGGCACACGGCGAAUCAAUCUCCGACCACAUGUACCGCAUGUCAAUCAUGACGAUGAUGGCCCCGCCGUCACUCGCCGUGCGUCUGAACAUCCCGCACUGCACGAAGAUGGCUCUGAUCCACGAUAUGGCCGAAUCGCUCGUGGGGGAUAUCACGCCCGUCGAUAAGGACGUUACCAAGGCUGAGAAGGCGCGCCGCGAGGCGUCCGUCAUGGAAUAUAUCACUUCCACCCUGCUGGGUAAUGUGCCUGGUGGGGUAUUGUCCGGAGCGGAGAUCAAGCGCGUCUUCCAGGAAUAUGAGGAUAACGAGACGCUUGAGGCGCAUUUCGUGCAUGAUAUCGAUAAGAUGGAGCUGCUGUUGCAGAUGAUUGAGUACGAGCGCACCCACCACGUCGACCUGUCUGAGUUCCAGCAUGUCGCCGGCCGCAUCCAGCUGCCUGAGAUCCAGGCCUGGGCGGCAGACGUGGUGCGCGAGCGUGGGAAGCCACCUGUUGGAACGGGCAAUGGCAAUGGAACUGCUUGA